CGGCGGGCCGGCAGGAUGGCGACCGUGGUGGUGGAAGCCGCCGAGCCCGAGCCGUCCGGCAGCCUGGGCGCCCCGGCGGCGUCCACCUCGCCCAGCCUCUCGCACCGCUUCCUCGACAGCAAGUUCUACUUGCUCGUGGUGGUCGGCGAGACGGUGACCGAGGAGCACCUGCGGCGCGCCAUCGGCAACAUCGAGCUGGGAAUCCGAUCAUGGGACACAAACUUGAUUGAGUGCAACCUGGACCAAGAACUCAAACUCUUUGUAUCUCGACACUCGGCCAGAUUCUCUCCUGAUGUCCCAGGACAAAAGAUCCUUCACCACCGAAGUGACAUCUUAGAGACGGUGGUCCUCAUCAACCCUUCCGACGAGGCAGUCAGCACUGAGGUGCGCUUGAUGAUCACGGACGCCGCCCGCCACAAGCUGCUGGUGCUCACUGGCCAGUGCUUCGAGAACACCGGCGAGCUCAUACUCCAGUCCGGCUCUUUCUCCUUCCAGAACUUCAUAGAGAUUUUUACCGACCAAGAGAUUGGGGAGUUGCUGAGCACCACCCAUCCUGCCAAUAAAGCCAGCCUAACGCUGUUCUGUCCCGAAGAGGGAGACUGGAAGAACUCCAACCUGGACCGACACAAUCUCCAAGACUUCAUCAACAUUAAACUCAACUCAGCUUCUAUCUUGCCCGAAAUGGAAGGACUUUCUGAGUUCACUGAGUAUCUCUCCGAAUCCGUGGAAGUCCCGUCUCCCUUUGACAUCCUGGAGCCCCCCACCUCGGGUGGAUUUCUGAAGCUCUCCAAGCCCUGCUGUUACAUUUUCCCGGGCGGCCGGGGGGACUCCGCCCUGUUCGCGGUGAAUGGGUUCAAUAUGCUCAUCAAUGGAGGCUCGGAAAGGAAAUCCUGCUUCUGGAAGCUCAUCCGGCACUUGGACCGAGUGGACUCCAUCCUGCUCACCCACAUUGGGGACGACAAUCUGCCCGGCAUCAACAGCAUGCUGCAGCGGAAGAUCGCCGAGCUGGAAGAGGAGCAGUCCCAGGGCUCCACCACCAACAGCGACUGGAUGAAGAACCUCAUCUCCCCCGACUUAGGAGUCGUCUUCCUCAACGUCCCUGAGAAUCUGAAAAACCCAGAGCCCAACAUGAAGAUGAAGAGGAGCAUCGAAGAAGCGUGCUUCACGCUCCAGUAUCUGAGCAAGCUGUCCAUGAAACCAGAGCCUCUGUUUAGAAAUGUAGGCAAUGCCAUCGAACCUGUCAUCCUGUUCCAAAAGAUGGGAGUGGGUAAACUGGAGAUGUACGUGCUUAAUCCCGUCAAGAGCAGUAAGGAGAUGCAGUAUUUCAUGCAGCAGUGGACGGGCACCAACAAAGACAAGGCUGAACUGAUUCUGCCCAAUGGCCAAGAAGUAGACAUCCCAGUUUCCUACCUCACGUCAGUCUCGUCCCUCAUUGUGUGGCAUCCAGCCAACCCUGCCGAGAAAAUCAUCCGAGUUCUCUUUCCGGGAAAUAGCACCCAGUACAAUAUCUUAGAAGGACUGGAAAAACUCAAACACUUAGACUUCCUCAAGCAGCCCCUGGCCACGCAGAAGGAUCUGACUGGCCAGGUGCUCAGCCCCGCUGUGAAACAAGUGAAACUCAAGCAGAGAGCUGACAGCCGCGAGAGCCUGAAGCCAGCGGCGAAACCGCUGGCCAGCAAAACGCUACGCAAAGAGUCGAAGGAAGAAACGCCCGAGCUCGCCAAAGCCAGCCAGGUGGAGAAGACGCCUAAAGUUGAGAGCAAAGAAAAAGUCCUAGUGAAAAAAGACAAGCCCCUGAAAACAGAGACCAAACCUCCAGCGGCAGAAAAGGAGGCGCCCAGCAAAGAGGACCAGGCUCCUGCCAAAGCCGACGUCGCCGAGAAGCAGGCCACCGACGUGAAGCCGAAAGUCACCAAAGACAAGGUGGUGAAGAAGGAAACGAAGGCAAAAGCCGAAGACAAGAAAGAGGAGAAGGAAAAGCCCAAGAAAGAGGUCGUCAAGAAGGAGGACAAAACACCGCUCAAGAAGGAAGACAAGCCCAAAAAGGAGGAGGUGAAGAAGGAAGUCAAAAAGGAGAUCAAGAAGGAAGAGAAGAAGGAAGUCAAGAAGGAGGUUAAGAAGGAAACGCCGCUGAAGGACGCCAAGAAGGAAGUCAAGAAGGAGGAAAAGAAGGAAAUCAAAAAGGAGGAAAAAGAACCCCGAAAAGAAAUCAAGAAACUCCCUAAGGAUUUAAAGAAAUCAUUGACGCCGCUGUCCGAAGCUAAAAAACCGGCUGCCCUGAAGCCCAAAGUGGCCAAGAAGGAGGAGCCCGUGAAGAAGGAGGCGGCUCCCGCCAGCAAGCUCAAGGACAAGGGGAAGGUCAAGGUCGCCAAGAAGGACGGCAAGGCCGCCGAGCCCGCGGCCGCCGCCCCGGCCCCGGCCGCCGCCGCCCCGGCCAAGGACCUGGAGGCGGAGAGGUCCCUCAUGUCGUCCCCCGAGGACCUCACCAAGGACUUCGAAGACUUAAAGGCCGAAGAGGUCGACGUGGCCAGGGCCGCCAAGCCCCCGCUGGGCCUGGUGGAAGGCGAGGAGAAGCCGAGGGACGCGGAGCCCGUGGAGGCCUACGACCUCCAGAAAGAGACCGAGGUCCUCAAGGGCCCGGCCGAGUCCCCCGACGAGGGGAUCACCACCACCGAGGGGGAGGGAGAGUGCGAGCAGACCCCCGAGGAGCCGGAGCCGGCGGGCAAGCGGGGCGCGGACGACAUCGAGAGGUUCGAAGACGAGGGCGCGGGCUUCGAGGAGUCCUCGGAGGCGGGCGACUACGAGGAGAAGGCGGAGACGGAGGAGGCGGAGGAGCCGGAGGAGGACGGGGAGGAGCGCGCCGCGCGGGGGGGCCCCCCGAAGCCCGGCCCCGCCGAGGCCGAGGCGGACGCGCACCCGCGCGGGAAGCGGGAGUCGGUGGCCAGCGGCGGCGACGACCGCGCGGAGGAGGACCGGGACGAGGCCGUGCCGUCCGAGGAGGAGGAGGAGGACGAGGAGGAGGAGGACGACAAGGCGGAGGACGCCAGGGAGGACGGCCGCCAGCCCGCCAAGCCCCAGGGGGAGGAUUACGUCAUGGCCGUGGUGGACAAGGCCGCCGAGGCCGGCGGGGCGGAGGACCGGUACGGGCAGCCGGGGGCCCAGCCUCCCGCCCGGGAAGCCGCCGCCGCCUCCUCCAUCCACGACGAGACCCUGCCUGGAGGCUCCGAGAGCGAGGCCACGGCCUCCGACGAGGAGAACCGGGAGGACCAGCCCGAAGAGUUCACCGCCACCUCCGGCUACACCCAGUCCACCAUCGAGAUCUCCAGCGAGCCCACCCCGAUGGACGACAUGUCCACGCCGCGCGACGUCAUGAGCGACGAGACCAACAACGAGGACACCGAGUCCCCCUCCCAGGAGUUCGUCAACGUCACCAAGUACGAGUCCUCCCUGUACCCCCGGGACUACGCCCAGCCCGCAGCCGCGGCCUUCAACGGCUUCUCGGAGGGGUCCAAGACAGACGCCACCGACGGCAAGGAUUACAACGCCUCGGCGUCCACCCUGUCUCCCCCCUCCUCCAUGGAGGAGGACAAGUUCGGCAGGUCGGCCCUGCGCGACGCCUACUGCUCCGAAGAGAGAGAAGGGACAGCCGCCAUGUCGGACGUCGGAGCGGCUGCCUCGCCAGUUCCGGAUGAAAGACUCAGCCCCGCCAAGAGCCCAUCGCCCAGCCCAUCGCCGCCGUCGCCCGUCGAGAAGACCACCCCCCUGGGGGAGCGCAGCGUCAACUUCUCCCUGACGCCCAACGAGAUCAAAGUCUCCGCCCAGGCAGGGGCGGCCCCGGCGUCCCCCGAGGUGACCCACGACGUCGCCGGAGAGCACUGUGCCAGUCCCGAGGAGAAGACCCUGGAAGUGGUGUCACCGUCUCAGUCUGUGACCGGCAGUGCUGGCCACACCCCUUACUACCAGUCUCCCACCGAGGAGAAACCGGGCCACCUGCCGCCCGAGAAAGCACAGGCAGCUCCCGUGAGCUUUGAAUUCAGCGAGGCCAAAGAGGAGAACGAGAGGGCUUCCAUCAGCCCCAUGGACGAGCCGGUGCCCGACUCAGAGUCCCCUAUCGAGAAGGUUCUGUCUCCCUUACGCAGCCCUCCCCUGAUCGGCUCCGAGUCUGCCUACGAAAGUUUCCUAAGCGCGGAAGGAAAGGCUGAAAGGCCAGCAUCUCCAGACCAGGGAAGUCCCGUUUCGGACAUGACCUCCACUGGUCUUUACCAAGACCGACAGGAAGGGAGAAGCACGGACUUUAUCCCGAUAAAGGAAGACUUCGGUCCAGGAAAGAAAACCGACGAGGCGGGAGCCACGCGGUCCCAACCGGCACUGGCUCUGGACGAAAGGAAGCUGGGAGGAGACAUCUCGCCCACACCCAUCGAUGCCAGUCAGUUUGGCUCCUUCAAAGAAGACACCAAGAUGUCGAUUUCUGAAGGCACAGUCUCAGACAAGUCGGCCACGCCCGUGGAUGAGGGCGUGGCCGAGGACACCUACUCCCACAUGGAAGGCGUGGCCUCCGUCUCCACCGCCUCCGUGGCCACGAGCUCAUUUCCAGAACCAACCACCGACGACGUGUCCCCGUCCCUGCACGCCGAGGUCGGCUCGCCGCACUCCACGGAAGUAGACGACUCCCUGUCCGUGUCCGUGGUCCAAACGCCUACCACCUUCCAGGAAACGGAGGUGUCUCCCUCCAAGGAAGAAUGCCCGAGGCCCAUGUCCAUUUCCCCUCCAGACUUCUCCCCUAAGACCGCUAAAUCCAGGACGCCCGUUCAAGACCACCGAUCCGAGCAGUCUUCCAUGUCGAUUGAGUUUGGCCAGGAGUCUCCUGAGCACUCGCUGGCUAUGGACUUCAGCCGCCAGUCCCCAGAUCACCCCACCCCGGGCGCCGGCGUGCUCCACAUCACGGAGAACGGGCCGACCGAAGUGGACUACAGCCCUUCCGACGUGCAGGACUCCAGCUUGUCCCACAAGAUCCCGCCGGCGGAGGAGCCUUCGUCCACGCAGGACAACGACCUGUCUGAGCUCAUCUCCGUGUCUCAGGUGGAGGCCUCCCCGUCCACCUCCUCCGCUCACACGCCUUCUCAGAUAGCGUCUCCUCUGCAGGAAGACGCGCUGUCUGACGUCGUCCCUCCCAGAGAGAUGUCCCUGUACGCCUCCCUCGCCUCCGGGAAGGUCCAGAGUCUGGAGGGAGAGAAGCUCUCUCCCAAGUCCGACAUCUCUCCGCUCACCCCCCGGGAGUCCUCUCCCUUGGAUUCGCUCGGCUUCUCAGAGUCUACCUCGGGCCUGGAAGAGUGCACCACGGCCUGCCAGCCCCCCUCCUCUCCGCCCCGAGACGCCAGGACCACGGAGUCCUUGGGCUACCGGGCCUCCAUGCUAUUCGACACCAUGCAACACCACCUGGCCUUGAACCGAGAUGUGACCCCAACUGGCGUGGAGAAGGACAGCGGAGGAAAGACACCUGGCAACUUCAGCUACGCCUACCCGAAGCACGAGGAGAGCACCAGGUCCCCAGACGAAGACGACGAGGACGAGGACGAGGACGAGGAGUGCUAUGAGAAAACCGCUCGGCCCCCAGACGCGGGGGGCUACUACUACGAGAAGACCGAGAGAACCCUGAAAUCCGCCUGUGACAGCGGCUACUCCUACGAGACCAUCGAGAAGACCACCAAGCCCGCCGAAGACGGGGGCUACCCCUGCGAGAUCACCGAGAAGACCACGAGGACCCCCGAAGAGGGCGGCUACUCGUACGAGAUCACCGAGAAGACCACCAGGACCCCGGACGUGAGCGGCUACAGCUACGAAAAGACCGAGAGGUCUCGGAAGGUCCUGGAUGACAUCAGCAACGGCUACGACGACUCCGAGGACGGAGGCCACACCCUGGGGGACUCCAGCUACUCCUACGAGACCACGGAGAAGAUCUGCAGCUUCCCCGAGUCGGACAGCUACUCCUACGAGACGUCCACGAAACUGACCCGCAGUCCCGAGAGCACCACGUACUGUUACGAGACGGUGGAGAAGGUCACCAAGACCCCGCAGGCCUCCACCUACUCCUACGAGACUUCCGACCGCUGCUACCCGGCCGAGAAGGCGUCCCCGGAGGCCCGCCAGGACGUGGACCUGUGCCUCGUGUCCUCCUGCGAGUACAAGCACCCCAAGACGGAGCUCUCGCCGUCCUUCAUCAACCCCAACCCCCUGGAGUGGUUUGCCAGCGAGGAGGAGCCCGCCGAGGAGGCCGACAAGCCGCUCGCUCAGUCGGGGGGAGCCCCCCCGCCCCCCGGAGGGAAGCUCCAGGGGCGCCAGUGCGACGAGACGCCCCCCACCUCGGUCAGCGAGUCCGCGCCGUCGCAGACAGACUCGGACGUGCCCCCGGAGACGGAGGAGUGCCCCUCCAUCACCGCCGACGCCAACAUCGACUCCGAGGACGAGUCCGAGACCAUCCCCACCGACAAGACGGUCACCUACAAGCACGUGGACCCCCCGCCGGCCCCCGCGCAGGACCGCAGCCCCUCCCCCCGCCACCCCGACGUGUCCAUGGUGGACCCCGAGGCCCUGGCCCUCGAGCAGAACCUGGGCAAGGCUCUGAAGAAAGACCUGAAGGAGAAGGCCAAGACCAAGAAGCCGGGCACGAAGACCAAGUCCUCCUCCCCCGUCAAGAAGGGCGACGCGAAGCCCAAGCCCCUGGCCGCCUCCCCCAAGCCGGCCGCCUUGAAGGAGUCCUCGGAGAAGGCGUCCCGCAUGGCCUCCCCCAAGAAGAAGGAGUCCGUGGAAAAAGCCACGAAGACCACCGCCACCCCCGAGGUGAAAGCGGCUCGCGGGGACGAGAAAGACAAGGAGACCAAGAACGCCGCCAACGCCUCGGCGUCCAAGUCGGUGAAGACCGCCGCGGCAGGACUGGGAGCCACCAAGACAGCCAAGGCGUCGUCGGCGCCGCCCGGCCUGCCCGUGUACUUGGACCUGUGCUACAUCCCCAACCACAGCAACAGCAAGAACGUGGACGUGGAGUUCUUCAAGCGAGUGCGGUCGUCCUACUACGUGGUGAGCGGGAACGACCCUGCGGCCGAGGAGCCCAGCCGGGCCGUCCUGGACGCCCUGUUGGAGGGGAAGGCCCACUGGGGCACCGACAUGCAGGUGACGUUGAUUCCAACUCAUGACUCAGAGGUGAUGAGAGAAUGGUACCAGGAAACCCACGAGAAGCAGCAGGACCUCAACAUCAUGGUCUUAGCAAGCAGCAGCACAGUGGUCAUGCAAGACGAAUCCUUCCCUGCAUGCAAGAUAGAACUGUAAAAAUCAUGGCCGGCCACGCCACAGGAGCUGAACUUUGUUUCCAGAGAAUUCUUCAAUUUGAAACUACCUUUUCUAAAACAUCCAUUCAUCUAAUUAAGUCGCCGAACAGUUACCUGCCAAAUGCUACAUACUAUGUCACGGUGAUGCGAGUCACUGAUCUCAGUUUUUGCCGAUUGCUAAGGGAAAUAACAGUAUUCCCACAAUAGGGUUCAAGUUACUGCAAAAUGACCUACCCACAUUCAUCUCUGCUGAACAUUUGAAAACCAUGCACUAGCGAACCCAACUGUGACUUCUGCUAGGUGGAGGCAUUUGUCUUAGAGAGAGAGAGCGAGAAAGAGGGAGCGAGAGAAAGAGCGGAGGAGGGUGAGGGAGAGAGGGAAAGAGUGAGGGAGUGAGCGAACAAAGAGAAUGCAGGAGAGAGAGAUAAUAAGAAAGAAAAAGAAUGCAAGAGGAGAGAGUUCUGGUGAGACACCCAGAGAGAAAGAAGAGGGCUGGGUAGGGUAAAGAGAAGAUAACCAACCAUUAGGUCCGCGUUUACUCAGGCCACAGAUGUGCUGUAGUCUACACAGGCGAAGUUUUCCAUUGGUGUCACUCUGUGACGUCACAAAAGGGUCUUAGCUUUCUGAAGCAAGUUGGUUGGAGCAAAGAAAGAGCAGAAACUUGUGGUGAGGGCUUGUGAGGUCUUUUUUUCACGCCUUAAUUAAGCUCCUUCGGUUUGAAGGCUACACGCUGACAGAAGGUAAUGUGCGUAGACUGGAAAAGCAAGUGGUUUGAGCCCCAUUCCGAACUCUCGGACUCGAUCUCACGAGGAGGCUGAUCUCUAAGGCAUGCUCCCGGCGUCUGCCCACACUUAGUCCACACUGCGACAGUUGACCUGCACGCAUGCAGCAACACCCAAGGCCACCCGUUAACCGAAGCAAAUACCAAAGCAGUUGGGAGUACAUACGGUAGACAAUUUGCCUUAGGAAGUGACUUGAAUGUACAAAGAUACUUGAUGCACUUAUUUUUUAAUGUGAGACAGCAAGUUUCUGAAACCUCCAUGUGGGAUUAUAGAUACUCCCGUUAAAGGAGCAGGUGUGCAUGUGUGGAGGUACUAGAAGCCGAUCUCAUUGGUCCAGCAGUUUGAGGCUGAGACUUGCGUUUUGAACACCACUUGGAUACAGCUAUGGCCCCUCAGCCACACAAUCUGGGCCUUCCAUAGCUUCUUUACCACUGCAAGUUCAAGAGUGAAAUGGCUUCUAGGAUCAGAACUGAGAAAACGGAAUCUUAUGAUGGAAGAAAGAUCUCAGCAAGUGUACAGUAUUUACCUUCCUUUGUCUUACAUUGGCUUUUUAAAAUUUCCAUUGAUUUCAACAUAAUUACGGGAACACGUGUACAGAAGAAUUUUUUUUUUUAGCUACGUGAGAACUUUUCAUAGAUGAACUUUUUAACAAAUGUUUUCAUUUACAGGAAAAUGCAAAGAAAAAUUUCAAGGGAUAGUCCUCUUUUUUUCUUCUUCAGUGUUUCGUAAGACAAAAAUAGAAGUUUUUUUUUUUUUAAGUUCUGGCAAGAUUCAAGUCUUAUAUUGCAGUAAUAUUUAUUAAAAACCUGUAAACUAUCAGGAAUAAUGAAACCUCCUACCCAUUGAUACCCAUGACAUAAACAUCUAUGUCCUAUCGAGAACGGGGGAGAAUAGCUUAUAGGCUACUCUUGAGGGCCCAUCCGAUCACACAGUGGUAUCCUACAUCCUUCUGUCAAGAUCUUCAACCAUGAGGUAAAAGAGCCAAGUCCAAAAGAACCCGUGCGGAAAUUUGCUUUGGGAUUUUUUUCUUUUCAUGGCAGGGGUUGGGUGAAAUCAUAGAUUGAAAACAGCUGACUUCCUGCCUCUUGCAUUCCUUCCUUCAUCACAUCCCUCACUGUGUCGCUGGCGCGCGCGUGACCCUGGGGAGGCCGAACGUGACGGAAGCGCCGUUCCACGUCCCGGUGUUGGGGGGCGGCAGCCCGCGGUGCGGUCACGUCCUGUCACCUGCGACGCAGAGACCUAGCGGUAGUGACCACUGACCUCAUUUCGUUUUCUACGCUAGGUAUUUAUUUCACGAUGAACACUUUCAUUUAGCCGUGUCUGUGAAGUGUGUGUUUGCACUGCUAAUGAUGACGAGGAUUGAAACAAAGCUUCUCCAGGUCCUUUUGCAGAGGACCGCGGCAGUCUACUUAAUGCUGUGAAUUACAUUUUCCAAAUGUUUAAUUUUUUUAAAGGAAAAUUAAUAUUCUAUUUUUGUUAGGCUUCUCUAGGAAUGCGGUUUUUAUUUAUUACCCCAUUCCCCCCCCCCCCCAGUUUUUGAGAAUAAUACAUUACAGGUACAAAACUCUCAUACAUGAUAGGAAAGUCAUUGUAAUGAAAAUAGAUUUUCCUGAAUAUAAAUGCACCCACUUCAAAUUCCUUUUAUGAGACAACUAACAAGGUAUUCUAAUGGUUAGCUGUUGAAUUGGUCCACCUAAUCAUGGAAAGAAAAACAAAAUAACUCUAGCCUUCUUGUCAAACCCAGGCCUCUGGUUGAUUUUUCUUCGAUAGGAGACAAAGUUAUCUUCCAGUUUUCCAAGUUAAAUAUAUUUAACAUACAUUAUUUUGCUAUAAAAAUACAAGCAUUUUAGAAGAAUAGCCAGUCUUUAGUGAAGACUGUAUUCUGUUCCUCCUCUCUUUUGUGUUUCUUUCUUUCCUGCUAGUAGAUUUAAUGGGAAAAUAUUUUUAAAAACUGUCACUUGUCAGCUGGCUCUUUUUCCUACGAAAUCUAUCAGUACUCUACUACUCCCAACCAUUGUUCUCAAUGAUGACCACAAAACCUGAGUAGAACAGGAAAAGUUAAUAUUUGCAUUACAGGUUGUUCCUGUCCUUCCAGAUGCCAUUCCUACCUGUGUGACUGACCUAAUUUUUACUAGUUCUAUAAAUACACAAUUAAUUUAAUACCAAUCAUCACCAAGUGCCAUGUACAUUCAUGGUGAGAGCUAAAAACCAACACCGACUUCUAAGAGCUUUGUUCGUACUGAUUCUUUGAAUCCGGUUGUACAGAUUGAAUAUUCGAGUGGAAAGACUCGCCACUCGGUUUAAAUGAUAAGAUUCUCUUGAGAUGGCACUCAUGAUUAUGACUUUUUUGGUAGUAUUCUUAAACAAAAUUCUACAGAGACUAAACGUUAGAGACGAUCUCCAUUUUCAAUUUUAACCAACGCUGUCCCCUUUCCCGAAGUCCCCCAGCCCCGUGCAUGCUCUCUCCGCCUUGUGGUGGGACUGACCCUCCCUCUCCAACACCGUUUUCCAUGGAAUUCAAAAGAUUUGUUUCCCUUAACGUUACAUAUCAUAGUGAAUGGUUUCCCCAGUGCAUACGAGUGUUUUAAGUGUCUCCAAUAGCUGACCAAGUUUAGGAGCGUCCCAAUACUCAUUUAAUAAGACUUAAUCACUUGCUAAUGGCAAUUUUAUCCCCUUCCAUUUUUCCCUCUGUUAUCAAAAUUUCAGCUCCCUGGAGCUGCUCUACGAUUCUGGAAUUGCUUUUCUUGCUUCUCUUUAGUCAUCUGUCACAGGAGAUUUCCUGCGCCAUAAAGAUAUUGCAAGUUAGGAUAAUGAUUUCUUUUUUGCGCCUCAGAUUUAGGAGAAAAGAUCCUGUUUCCAUUGGAAAGGAACUGUGAGCUUUUAUCUCUUCACCAACGGAACCACACACCCAACGCAGCCUAGAGCAUUGCUACCACAGCAAUUAGGUUACUCACCUGGUAUUAACACUAUUCACUCUUAUGAAAACUGUGACUUUCUGCAGUUUAUUUAAAAGGCAGCAUCACAAACUGAAAAGGAAGGGAAACCAACAGCUUCUCUGCGCUAGUUUGGAGCACCCCCAAACAGGAGCCUUGGGGAAGAGGCUCAGACCAGCUGCCCUUGGGACAGCAAGCAACUUGGAGUCAACACUUUCCAGUCGUGGAAGGAAGCGGCCUGAGCCAGGCCGGGCUGAGAAGCAUUGCGCACUCUCUCUUGUUCUGAAUGGUGUUUGUGUCAGUCUGCAGCUGUGUAUGGUAUUGUCUUAUAAUCCUGCAUCACUUCUAUCCUAUCCAGUCAUAUCUAAUGUAGAAAAUUAGUUUCCAGUGAAAGUAAUAUGUAGUGCUUUUAUGAUAUUUGUGUGCAAUAUCCCCUCUUCCAUUGAGGAUAUUUGAUGUAAAGGAAAAAAAAAACAAAAACAACUCAGUUCCACAAUAAAAUACAAAAGUGGCAAAAGUUC